AAGAGUAUAAAAACAAUGGGCUGGUUUUCGCACCACUUCAAAGGCACAUCCUCUCCAAAUAACUCAAUUCAAACAACGUGGUUGUUGGCCACACUACCAGACAAAACAACCAGGUACUAACCAAGCAACUGUUAUGCUGGACCAAAGACUUCUCACAACUCAAUAGCAUGAAAUAUUCUAAAGACAAACACUACUGGGGAAGGAAGAGAUGCAGCAAAACCCAUAAGACAGCUGUGUAUGGCCUCGUAAAAAAUUGUGGGCUGUCCACUGCGUGGGGGGACUGUAACCUCGUCGUCCGUAAAUGCCGAACUAGGUUUGGCCUUAAGUCCAUAUCCAUAAUACCAUUGUAAUUCUAAUAACAAGUACACCCGUGAAAGAAGCAGGAGAAGCAAGAAGACUUUGGUGACUAUGGCGGAAUCUGUAGCUCUACCUUUUGUAACCUUUGUGGUGAAAAGUCUGGCUGGGCUGCUCAUCCAGGAAGCGGAAAACUUGUGUGGGGUGAGGCCACAAGUUGAGCAAUUGCAAGCCCAGCUAAAUAGGAUGCAAUGCUUCUUAGAAGCUGCAGAUGCAAGACCAAAAGGACGAGCAGAUGAGAUUAUAAUCCGCAAUUGCGUUGCUGAAAUCAGAGAAGCAUCCUAUGAUGCUGAAGCUGCAAUUGCAACUUUUGUUGUCAAAAUUGCAUUUCGUACUAGUGGGAGAUCAGAUCAGUUCCCUUUCCUUCUCAAGAGGUAUUUGUGUAUCUUCAAGGAAUGUUUUGCCCUUCGUAAGGUUAGGUUGGAGAUUGAGGCUAUUAAUAACAGGAUCACCAAUAGCCUCACAACAGGUUUUCAAACUUGUGGAAUACUAAAUUCUACAGGAGUUAGAGAAAGUUCAUCAUCAACUCCUAUGGCUGAGAGGCAGCGACAAUUAAGGCGAUCCUAUACCCAUAUUGUUGAGGAGGACGUUGUAGGCACGGAAGAAGACGUAAAAGCUAUAGUGGAUCUUUUGGUGAAGGAGAAUACGCAUUAUAGUGUUGUUUCUAUUUGGGGGAUGGGUGGUCUUGGCAAGACCACCCUUGCAAAGACGGUUUACAAACACAUUGAAAUUAGGCGUCAUUUUAUAUGUGUUGCUUGGGCCUAUAUAUCUCAACAAUGCAAUACAAGGGAAGUUCUUGAAGGGAUUCUUAUCAAACUUCUCUCUCCAUCAAAUGAAGAAAGGAAAGCAAUUGGAAAGUUGAAUCAUGAUGAGCUAGUCAAGAAACUUCAUCAAGUCCAAAGUGAGAAGAAAUGUUUGGUGAUUCUCGACGACAUUUGGAAGGAUGCGGAUUGGGAUAUUUUGAGUCCAGGCUUCCCAAAUACUUCAGUGGUAGGCAGCAAAAUAUUGCUAACAACUCGCAAUGAAAAUGUUGCUAAGCAUGUAGAUCAACAAUGCGUGCUUUAUCAAUUGAGGCACUUAACAGAAAAGGAGAGUUGGGAGCUGUUUGAGAAGAAAACAUUUCUGAGAAGAAAUGAAGGAUUCACAUUAAGCACAGAAAUGAUUGAGUUAGGAAAGGCAAUGGUCAAUCAUUGUGGUGGUGUACCGUUGGCAAUUGUGGUAUUAGGAGGACUUUUGGCAACAAAGCACAAACUGGUCGACUGGAAGAAGGUGAGUAAAAACAUUAGUUAUGACUUAGGUAAGGGCAAAGGCCAAGGAGGAGUCCCAAUAACAGAAAUUUUAGCCUUAAGCUACCAAGACUUGCCAUAUCAUCUUAAGGCAUGCUUUUUGUAUUUGAGCCAUCUUCCUGAAGAUCAUGAUAUUCGCGCAAAAAAACUGAUUCAAAUGUGGAUGGCUGAAGGCAUUGUGUCGCAGUUAUCGAUACCAACACGAGUAGGAGAAGUAGAAGAGGAAACAAUGUUGGAUGUUGGAAUGAGUUACUUGGGUGAGUUAGUCCAAAGAUGCAUGGUUCAAGUCCAAUUAACAAGCUUCAACAAAAAGAUUAAACUUUGUCGCCUCCACGAUCUCAUGAGAAACUUAUGCUUGUUGAAGGCCAAAGAGGAGAAUUUUCUCGAGAUUGUUCGCAUUACAGCCUUUGAUCAUCAGCUUACACGGACAGAAUCUGCGCUGCCUUCUUCAUCAUCAUCAUUAACAACAAUUCGCAGACUUGCCGUGUACUAUGUGGGUGCCCGUGAUGCCAACUCUAUAGAAAGUGAAACUAUUCUUCCCUUAUCUGGACAUGAAAUGAAGAAUCACCACCAUAUCCGAUCAUGCCAAUUUUACUCUUUGGGCAAUGCAUUGGAAAGUUCUCAUUGGCAAAAAUUAAAAUUACUCUUCAAGGAUCUCACAUUGCUUACCGUUUUAGACUUUGAAAGAAUUAUUAUGUUGGGAAAGGGAAAAAGGUUGCCGAGAGCAAUAGGAAACCUAAUUUACCUGAAGUACUUAAGUAUAAGAGAUUCUCAUAGUAUUAAAAGUUUGCCUUGCUCCAUAGGCAACUUGGGAUUCCUUCAAACCCUAGAUUUAAGGACAUGGAGAUGGGGCAAUAGUUUAAGAAUACCCAAUGUCUUGUGGAGGUUGAAACAAUUGAGACAUCUAUAUCUUCCUGAUAACAUCAAACUGUCUUGCAUACGUAAGUUGCGAUUGGAUGGUUUAAGUAAAUUGGAGACGCUAGAAAACUUUGAUGCAAGGAAGUGUGAUGUCAGAUGCUUAUCUAAACUGACAAAUCUUCGAAAAUUCAGAGGUAAGGUAGCCCCCAAAGACUUGGUCGUGAUGUUGAAAUCCCCAAUCCUCGACAAUUCAAACCGCCUUCUGCAAUAUUCAUCCUUCGGUAUUACAGGAGAUUUCCGAACGGCAGAAGAACAAAGCCUUUUAAGGCAACUUUUAGGAUGCCACCAUCUUCGCCAAUUGUCAUUGUGGGAGUCCCUGAAUAAAUUGCCAGACCAAUUCCCUCCAAAUCUCACCAAGUUAUGGUUGCGGAAUACUAAACUAGAGGAAGACCCAAUGCCAACAUUGGAGAAGUUCCCCAACUUAAGGACUCUCUACUUAGAUUAUCAUUCCUACUUUGGGAAGGAGAUGGUUUGUUCUUCUGCACCACCAACAACAAUAGCACCAUCCAGCAUCAGUGAUGGUGGAGGAGGAGGAGGGGGCUAUGGCGGCUGUGAUGGUGGAGGUUUUCCGAAACUCAUAAAUUUAUCUCUCUGGGGUCUUCGUAACGUGGAGGAGUGGAGGGUGGAACAAGGAGCCAUGCCCUGUCUCUUCAGUUUACAAAUUUUUGAAUGCGAAAAAUUGAAGGAGAUUCCGGACGGAUUGAGGUUCAUUACCACCCUCCGGGAAUUGGUUAUUAAAUACGCAUCUGAAGCACUCAUAGACAGGGUUAGAGAAGGAGGAGAGGACUUCUACAAAGUCCAGCACGUGCCUUCCAUCAUAUUAGGAUAAGAAUUGACGACUGAUCUUUCUCGGAUCUUCCUACAUUUACAUCAGCAGAUACAGGGUAGUAAAGAUAUCCAGGUGGUGGCAGCUACAUGGUUUUUGGAUUUUUGUUAUCUCGCACAAUCUUUUCAUUCAUGCCAAUUAUCUUUACAUUGCAUCUCUUCUUCUCGUGGAGAGGCCUACUUUCCUUCUGAUACUGAACGAUCCUACUUGGCAGCCUAUAGUCAAUUUACUGUUAGCUUCGCGUCAAUUAUGUUACCUCUGGUGUUGUUUUUUGUUUUUGCUUGAGUGUUUGUAACACUUAUUCAUGUUGUUGGUGGUUGUUUCCCGAACUGUGUUAUUUUUUGUAUGUAUUAAUGAAUGAUGUUCUUUUUCUCGUGCCAAAAAUAAAAUAAAAUACGGUACUGUGGAAUCCUAUGUUUGGUGGGUGUCAUAACACACCUAACACUUUUGGCCAUUGUGUUUGUUUGAUCUCAGUUCUCAACAAUUAAAUAUGUAACACAGCCACAUUAUGGGCUGCUCAAUGAAUAUAUGAGUUGUAUUCAUCAUGAUAAGUCCUUACUAUUUGGUAUUCAAUCCGAACAGUCAGUAGUACAUUGAUGCCCAGCGACAGAUGAAAUGUUCUGAAGUGCUUCUUUGUGCAGUAAUGUUAAAUUGCAAUUUGGUUAGUACAAUUUAUGUUUGCUAGAUUUCUAUAUACAUGACAUAAGAAGUCUUAAGUUUGUCCAUAAUCUAAGCAUCAGUUUGUUCUGUGAUCAAAUUUGCGUGAGAUUUUUUAACCAUUCAAGCCAUUGCCUGAUGUCCAAAUUGUGAGGUAAGUUAUUAGCAUUCCAACAAUAGAAAGAUGUUGGGUGUAGUUGGAUAGAGGUCACAAGUUGAAUUUUGAGGGCAAGUCAAUGCAUUUACUGACCUGCUUUGCUUAAGAAUGUACGUGUGGUGAUUCAGUUAUUAAUUUUGUGAUCACAUUAAGGCUAUAUUUGGUUUGGGAGGAAACAUGGUUUUAGGCAUUUUUCUAGUACUUUUGCCUUCAUAGAGCAGAGCGUUGAUGAUUUGUACAAAACAACUGGUAUGUUGCUUACAUGUUAGUUUCAGCAUUCCUUGACGUGGUUCAUUAUGCACUGUUUAUCAUUAGAAACUGUCUAAACACUUCAUAAGGCACAAUCAUCUCAUUAUAGGUAAUACACAUCAGUCGACAGUGGCUUUUUUUUUUGUUAUUAUUAUUUUUUUUUAAAAGCUAUAUUUCUAGUUGAAAUAAAUGGAAACCAAGCACGGAGAGUUUGAUGUACGAUAUUCAACCCAUUCUCCAAUAGCUUAAGCUUUUGGCAACUGGUUGUCUAAUAUGUAGUCUCAAAGUUGAAAACUCUGAUAUUUGAGGUAGAGACAAUUGUUUCAAUUUCUACAGUGUCAGUAAAUUUAUUUUUUGAUUCUAUUUUUCCAAUGUGAUGCAUGCAAGCCCAUAUUGCUCUCGGGUCAGGAGGUAGAGUCAGUUGAGUGUAAUAGAUGGUUAGCAUCAAUGGCUGAAAACUUCCUCUGACCUGUGAAUUUACACCAUUUCUCCCUUAAACUAUAAAAUUUUACUUGUUAUACUAAUUUCAUGGCAUACUUGAGUGUGUGUGUGUGAGUCAGCAAUAUUGUAUACUCAUUUAUUAUUUACCGUUCUGUACACUUUUUUUUUUUUUUUAUUUGUGAGAGAAAAUGUUGCAUCCUUAGAUGACUUAUUAAUGAAGUAGAGGACGGUGUGCUGGAUUUCAAAGAAGGAAUGGACAAUUGUCAUUCCACUGAUUUGGAGCCUCCUCUGUUUCACUAAUAGCAAUUUUCCAUUGAAUGUAGUUUUUCCCCCAUUUAAUAAUAUUGAGGUAACUUUCCAAAGGGAACACCUGUAAAACUAGGGACUUCAGGACUAGUAAUGUGGUAUGUAGAGAAUAGGCAUGAUGGCCAUCUAUCUGAUAGGCAAUUCCAUAUUUUUGCUAAUGUGACACCUUAAUUGAUCUCACUUCUCAUUUGAAUGGAAUCUAUCAAUUGUGGAAAAACUCAAAAACACUUUUCAUAGCAUUUCAAUUUGGUGGUAAUCUGGAAUUUUGGCACGGCUUUCGACAGAGGUAGAAUUUCAGAACAUUGUUAAAAAUCUAAUCUCUGAUGGUUUAGCUUAUAGACUAAUCCACAGAAAUAUAUGUAAAACAUGAACUAUGUGGCCAUCCUCAAGCCGCAUAUCCAUCCACAUGGGGGUCCUCCUUCCUUUUACUCUGUUAAGCUGCCUUUCGGUGACUUUCUGAUGAUUUAUAGAAUCUGCAAAUUGUAUACAGAAGAGUGAUGCAGCAGUUAAAUACUCAAAGGUACUUUGAUCAGUUUUGCCUUUCUGAACUUGGUUGAAAAUUGAAUGUUAGUGUUUAUUCUGUGUUUCUAGGAAUUUGUGGGUCCAUGGAUUUUGUCAAACAAGUUGAACUGAAAUUACAGAAAUGUGUUUUCUUUUCACCAGUUUAUAAUUCGACUGAUUUCCAGUCUAACAUUUCAUUUUAUAAUGCAUAGGUACAUGUGUAAAUUUAAUGGGUACACAUCCAAUCAGCAAAUUUUCUGCUAGUCUUUUCAAACUCAACUAUCUGGACAUUAUUGCACGGCUCAAUCUAGAAUCUGGACAUUGAAGAUGCAAUGCUGGGACAUUAACAGAUGCUAUGUCAUUCUACCUCCAUUGGACCUAUGUAGGGCAUGGUUGUUACUUCGACAGAAGAGUAAUGCACUGAUUGCCAAUGCCAAGUUCCAAAGGGACUAAUUUUAGAUGCCAUGAAUUAGUGCUUUCCAUGUUACUCGAAUGUGUGAGUUCAUAAAUUGCUUACCAAAAUGCUUGUUUAUGUUUGCUGGAUUUGUUUAUCCAUGAAGUUAGAGGUCUCUAGUUUAUCCCUAACCUAAACAUCAUUUAGUACAUGACCAAACACGCAUGAGAAUUUCAAAUCAUUCAAUUCAUUUAGUACAUGACCAAACACCCAUCUACAAUUCUAACCACCACAAUUUCAUAAGAGACCCUAUGGCCAUUUUUUUUUUCUAUAAAUACUCAUGUAUUAGACUUAACCAACAAAAGCUUUCCCAUAAUUUUCUUUCGCCCUCACUAUCCUACAAGCUUAAUCAUUUAGAUUCUUUCUUGCUCCUUGAUUGAAAAUCAUGGGUAUCAGUCCAUCCUUCGAGGAUCUGUUUUGCCGGGAAGCGAAGCUGCAUCCAAGGUUGUAGAUGUCCCAAAGGGAUACUUAGCAGUUAAUGUUGGAGAGACACAGAAGAAGAGAUUUUUGGUGCCAUUAUCAUACUUGAGCCAAACUUUAUUUCAAGACUUGCUGCAUUAGGUUGAAGAAGAACUCAGGUUUACUCAUCCCAUAGGUGAUCAUCAAAGAUAACUUUGUAAGCGAGAAACAAUCCAUCAUGUGUACAUCCUUUUUCUUUUUGUUUUUCUCUUUGUAAAUACAAAUUGGAUGGGAAAAGAGAAAAGCCUUACUGUGUGGGGAAUAAGCAGUACAAUCAUGUUUUUUUAUUUUUUUAUAAUGUGAAUUUGUUUCACUGAUCCUUUGUUGUUUUCAUGGAAUGUGAAAAAGAAAAUGAUAUGUAUAUCUCUGGGGCAAUUGCAGUGGUGCAGGAGCAUUUUGUGUAAAGUCAUCAAAUUCAAGUGAACAUCCACUUUUCCCACUUUAUAUUGUCAGGCAUAGUACA